AUAUUAUGUUACGAUUAUAAUAACUUCAAUGAGGAAAAUGUGUCUGUUAAGGUGAAGCUACUGGGUAUCAAACCAUAGACGGUAUGUUUGUAGUGAUAGAUCCACGCUGCGACACGUCAGUGGUGGAGUGGCGAUGGGGGCGGGACCAGGAAGUGAAUAGUCAAGCUAGCAGCGGAUAAUGAGUAGCUGAUCCAUUCAUUUGACAGGGCAUGAUGGGCAGGCAGAGGAAGAGGGUGGGGGCAGGGGAAGCUGCACCCCUUCUGCGGAAAGACGAGAAGCCCAUUGGCUUGCACUUCAAGGAAAAGAAGAAGAAAGUGGACAUUGGCAAAGUGUUUAUCAAUAUCUCAAUCGGCCUUUGCAUUUUCAGCCUGGUUUGGUUUUUCUAUGCCCUGUACAUGCGGUCCAGCCUGGCUAAACGUGUGGCUACGCUGCACCCUUCGCCGCGAGUCCUCGAUGACAACAGCACCAGCGCCGAGGUUUCCCCAGAGAGGUUCUGGGGAUCCUACAGGCCUCAGGUCUACUUUGGGAUGAAAACCAGAAGUCCUAAAUCCAUCGUUACAGGCCUGAUGUGGAUGCGGCAGUUCUCCAGCAUGGACGUGAACCUCAGGCACACCUGUGAGCAGGGGGACGGCCUGCAGGGCUACGGCUGGCUGAUGCACGACGGCCUCAGCUUCGGCGUCCAGGAGGUCCGCGAUAAGGACUUCACCCUGACCACCGAGUUUGUCAAGCGGAGGGGCGGCGACCACGGUGGCGACUGGACCUGGAGGAUCACGGCCAAACAACACAGUUCAUCCCGCCAAGCGCCCGUCAUCUCGCUCAUGUUUUACGCAGCAGCAGAUACGCAGGGCUCUCUGGAGGCUCACGUGGAGGAGAAGAAAGGCCUGGGAUCCAUCACCGGCUUCUCUGAGGAGCUCGGACACUUCAAGAUCACCUUCCGCAAGCCCGUCACUGGGGAGCUGUCCAACGUCAAAUACGCCUGCUACAACAACCUUCAGACUGUUACUCCAGGCUUGGAGCGGCUGACCGACAUUGUUAAGAACAGCCUCUCUCGGAGGUUUGUCUACAGCCCCCCCUCUGGUGAAAAGAGGCAUUACAUUGCGGUUGACAGCUACAAGCCUCCACACCAGCAGCCCCAGCAGAAUCCUGACGACCCCAGGAAGAAGAGCGACUUCCUGGUCCACCAGGUAACCGUAGAGACCCCGUUCCAGAUCGAGGUUCUGUUUGAAUCGGCCAGCUUCCACAGUAGACCCAACCAGCUGGUCGGGGUCACCAUGACGGAGGAGCUGGAGAGGAGGAAAGCCGAGUUUGACGCCAGGUUCGAGAGGACCUUUGGCCUGGAGCGAAAGGGCUUCAGCCAAGCUCAGGUCAGGUUCAGCAAGGCAGCCCUCAGCAACAUGCUGGGCGGAAUGGGCUACUUCUAUGGCCAGUCGGUGGUGCAGUCUGCCUACAACGAGUACCCGCUCUUGUAUCCCGAGGGCGCGCUGUUCACCGCCGUUCCCUCGCGCUCUUUCUUCCCUCGGGGGUUCCUUUGGGACGAGGGCUUCCACCAGCUGCUGCUCAGCAAAUGGGACCCUCAGGUGACGCGGGAGGCGACCGCUCAUUGGCUAGACCUCAUCAACGUGGAGGGUUGGAUCCCUCGCGAGCAGAUCCUCGGCGACGAGGCACGCAGCAAGGUCCCGGGUGAGUUUGUGGUGCAGCGGAACGAGAACGCCAACCCGCCCACCCUCUUCCUGGCGCUGCAGGAGCUCAUCGAGCAGCAUUCUUCCGACCCGGAUGCUCCGACAUCGCUGCCCACGUUGGCGUUCCUACGGCGGCUCUUCCCAAGACUGAAGACCUGGUUUGAAUGGUACAACACCACACAGACCGGACCCGUGCCCAAUUCCUACCGCUGGCGGGGCCGGGACAAGGACACCAACCUCUUCUUGAACCCGAAGACCCUGACCUCCGGUCUGGACGACUACCCAAGGGCCUCCCACCCGUCCGGGGAAGAGCGGCACGUGGACCUGCACUGCUGGAUGGCCCUGGCCUCGGGCAUCAUGGCUAGCAUCGCGCGGCUCCUCGGAGAGCCCCACGUCGACUACGAACAGACACACCAGGUGCUCAGUGACAACGGCCUGCUGAGCGAGCUCCACUGGUCGGACCAGCUCGGGGCGUUCAGCGACUACGGAAACCACACGCAGGCCGUGUCCUUGCAGCAGGAGAAGGUGUAUGUGCCGCCCGGACAGCCACGGCACCACUACGCCGCCGCCCGCCUCGUGCGCUCUGUGCGGCGCGCGCCCAAGCUGCAGCACGUGAACGCCCUGGGAUACGUCAGCCUCUUCCCGUUUCUGCUGCACAUCCUGCACGCCGACUCUCCCAAGCUGGAGCACAUACUCCGAGACAUGAGGGACCCCGACAAGCUGUGGACGCCCUACGGCCUCCGCUCGCUCUCCAGGACGGACCCCAUGUACAUGAAGCGGAACACGGAGCACGACGCCCCCUACUGGAGGGGACCUAUCUGGAUCAACAUAAAUUAUUUGGCUGUCAGAGCCCUGAACCACUACAGCAGUGUGGAGGGUCCCUACCAGGAGAAGGCAACGGCCCUUUAUAAUGAACUCAGGACUAACAUCGUCAACAACGUUUACAGGCAGUACGUUGAGACAGGGUAUAUAUGGGAGCAGUACAAUGACAACACUGGCCGAGGCCAAGGAAGCCAUCCAUUCACUGGCUGGUCAGCCUUGACUGUUUUAAUGAUGGCAGAACAGUACUAACGCUAAAGACUCUUUCUAAAGGUCUUAAAGAAAUUGGCCCUCAUCCGUUGCUCAUGUGAUGCUCAAGCAGGCAUUAUGUAUUAUUGAAACUGUUUUCUACCAAAAUAUCUAUUUCCAGAAUAGGUGUUAAUAAGGUGGUUUAGAAAGAACCCUGUUACUUUAUCACAUUUUGUUGUUCGUAGUCAUGCCGUGUGUUUGCUAUGUGUGGAGCCAUUGGACAGAUAAAUGCCAUGCUUUGUGUUCCUCAUCAGCUUCUGGCAUGUGCACCACUGGCUAUCCAUAAAAAUACAUUUAAAAUAAUACUGUGUUUAGAUAUGCAGUAUUGGACUGACUUUUGGAAAUUGCACAUUUUUUGUAUGCGUUUCCUAAUCAACUGGCAACUACUUAAAACAAUGAGUGCCUGAGCAACUAGGAUAACAGGUGUUUUUGAUAAAGCUGAUGAAUGAGGGCCAUUGUCUUCAAUAGUGCCAACAAUUAUUUCGGUCAAGAUUCUCCAGUUGUCUUAAUGUUUUAAUGAUAGUGAAGAAUUCAAGGAGUGGAUGACCUCAUCAGCAUUACUUCUGGGAGGGUUGGGGUUACAAUAAAAAAAUCCUGACUUGAAAUAUGUUUUAUUGAGAAACAAUAAAUCAUAUCUUCAAAUGUUGCUGUUGGGAGUUUGUGUUGGCUGUAGAGGUUAUAGAAUUGUUAUUGUAUUGGUCAUUCAGUAUUGAGUGCUUCAUUCAUUAGUUAUCUACGUAAUAUUCCGUAGAUACUGACUGAUUAAUAUCGCUUCAUUGCAAUUGAAAUUGUUCUCUAACAGGCCAUUUCCAAGUACUUAGCAUAUGAAAAUACCGGUAGUAUACGUUGCAGAAUACGCCGCAAAAGAAAGAGCACUCUGUUCCAUGACAUGCUUUUAACGAAACAUUGAUUUCACUUCCUGAAACUACGUCAUUUCUAGGUUAUUGGAUGAGAGACAGUAAUGUGCGUACAGUAGCACGACUCAACAAUAGUAGAUAUACUGGAAACCAUAUAUGACGUGUUUUACCUUAAUCUCUGUUUCAAGGUCUAUAGGAGGGCGACAAGUUGACGUCGAUAGCCACCAGCUAGAGCUUUAUUUAUUUUCUAAAGUUUGACUCAAACCAUUUUGAUGCGAGAUCUUGGUUUGGAACUGCAUUACUUCCACAGAGCAAGUUAGUGACUGCAAGUUCUUUUCACUCGUUGACAACCCCGUUCAGUACACAGGGGCGUACAGUGGACUUGGUCUUAUUAAUACUUUGACACAAAAUAAACAACCCCGGCCAUAAAAAGCACUGAUGCUUUUUCCUUGAGCUGUGUUCAUGACCCCCGGGUUCCAACCUCUUCUAUGAAUCCUUUUGAACGCUUGGCUGUGGCUGAAAGCCUCGAAACGGGUGCAGUGUUGGCUUGCAGAACUCAACAUAGCGUUAUUUCCUCAACCCCUCCAUAGCACUGAAUUUAAUACAGCUCAGCUUCAACUCCCCAGGCUGCCAGUUUCCCUUUAU